CGGGCUGCUGUAAGCGGAGCAGGGACCGGCAGGGACACUUGCUGUGGACACAGGAGCUCAAACAGAGUGGACACCGCUCACAGAGACACGACACAUCACUUUCACUCGACCCACGACACCGCAACAUGGCUUCAAAGUGCCCAAAGUGUGACAAGACGGUGUAUUUCGCUGAAAAGGUGUCAUCACUGGGAAAGGACUGGCACAAGUUGUGUCUCAAGUGUGACCGCUGCAACAAGCUCCUCAACGCUGGAGGCCACGCUGAGCACGACGGACGGCCCUACUGCCACAAACCGUGCUAUGCUGCCCUCUUUGGGCCAAAAGGUGUGAACAUCGGUGGAGCCGGCUCUUACGUGUACGAUACUCCAGCCAACAACAACCCAUCUCCCACUGGUGUGGAUUCAGCACCCAAAGCUGAGGAGAAGCGAGUCUUCGCCCCCAAGCCCCCAUCCAAAGCUGGCAGCAUCACCACCUUUUCCGGAGAGGCCAACCUGUGUCCCCGAUGCAACAAGAAGGUGUAUUUUGCCGAGAAGGUGACAUCACUGGGUAAGGACUGGCAUCGACCCUGUCUGCGCUGUGAGAGGUGCAGCAAGACUCUGGCUCCUGGCAGCCACGCAGAGCAUGACGGCCAGCCCUACUGCCACAAACCAUGCUAUGCUGUUCUCUUCGGGCCCAAAGGCGUGAACACUGGUGGUGUUGGCAGCUACAUCUAUGACAAGGAGCCCAGUGCAGUGACCCAGCCUUGAACCUUUUGUUCCCUCAGCUUCAUCCCUCUUCUCUACACUGACCAUCAACCACAGUAUUAUUUGUAGCCUUUUUUGUUUUCUCUUCCUCCCACCUGUGCGUUCAUACCUGAGACAACCAGCCUUCUGAUCCUUUUGUCCUUUAUUCUGACCCGGCUCUGAUGUAUUUAGCACCAUGAGGAAUGAUUACAAAUUGCCUAGACGUGUGUUUAUCUGUGUAUUUGCUCCUGGAGAGCCACAUCCAGCAUUCCCACAGAAUAAUACGAAUAAUUUCAAUCAUUUUUGCACAUUUAUAAAUGUAUGAGAACACAUUAAAUGUCACCACAGUCAAAUAUGAACAUCUUAUAUUUCAAUUUUGUACCCUGGAAACAGUGUGAUUGAUGAUGUCUGUUUUGAGAUGUUUAGAAAAAAAAAAUGUGAUGGUGAGUGAUUCUCAGGUGUGGGGGG